AUGGGAUGGGGUGACUUAGGUGUGUUUGGGCAUCCUUCCAAAGAAACCCCCAAUCUAGACCGGAUGGCUUCCGAAGGGAUGCUUUUCCCCAGCUUCUACGCGGCCAAUCCUCUCUGUUCUCCAUCCAGGGCAGCGCUGUUAACAGGUCGCCUCCCUAUCCGGAAUGGCUUCUACACCACAAAUGCCCACGCCAGAAACGCCUAUACACCCCAGGAAGUAGUCGGGGGCAUCCCAGAUUCCGAACUGCUCCUUUCAGAGCUGCUGAAGAAAGCAGGCUAUGUCAAUAAGAUCGUUGGCAAAUGGCAUCUUGGCCACCGGCCCGAGUUCCAUCCCCUGAGGCAUGGGUUCGAUGAGUGGUUCGGAUCCCCCAACUGCCACUUUGGGCCUUACGAUAAUAAAGGCGCUCCAAAUAUCCCCGUGUACAGGGACUGGGAGAUGAUUGGCAGGUAUUACGAAGAUUUAAAGGAUUUCAUUAGCAGGCAGCGCGCCAGCCAGCAGCUGUUCUUUCUGUACUGGGCCAUCGAUGCCACUCACGCACCCGUGUAUGCCUCCAGGGAAUUCUUGGGCACCAGCCAACGAGGACUCAAGGGCUUUGGCAAAACUCAGGACGACAGUCUGUCUAGAACAGGCGCUUCCGAGCUUUUAUUUCUUCCAGCUUCUUCAUUUUGUUCAGCUAGUAAUUACCUGAUUUUGUCACUCUUAUGUUCUCUUUUUCCAGGAGGUAGCAACGGUCCCUUUCUAUGCGGCAAAGAAACAACCUUUGAAGGUGGCAUGCGGGAGCCGGCAAUCGCCUGGUGGCCGGGGCAUAUCCCUCCUGGGCAGGUGAGUCAUCAGCUGGCGAGCGUGAUGGAUCUCUUCACCACCGGCCUGGCACUGGCAGGACUGCUGCCUCCCAGUGCCAGACACAUCGACAGCAUCGACCUCUUACCUGUCAUCCUGCAGGGCAAGUUAAUUGACAGGCCAAUAUUCUAUUACCGUGGCAACGAGAUGAUGGCGGUGAGGACUGGGCUGUACAAGGCCCAUUACUGGACCUGGAGUAACUCCUGGGAGGAAUUCGGCCAGGGCAUUGAUUUUUGCCCCGGGCAGAAUGUUUCCGGAGUAACCACCCACACUCAAGAAGAGCACACCCAGCUCCCGCUGUUGUUCCACUUGGGAAGGGACCCUGGAGAAAAAUACCCAAUAAGUUUCUCUAGCCUCGAGUACCAAACCGUCAUGGAAAGGAUCUCUCUGGUCGUCCAGCAGCACCAGGAGACGCUGCUGCCCGGGCAACCUCAGCUGAACGUCUGUGACAAGGCAGUCAUGAACUGGGCCCCUCCAGGCUGCGAGAAGCUGGGCAAGUGCCUGAAGCCUCCCCCCUCUGACCCGCAGAAGUGCUUCUGGCCCCACUGAGCCCCUC